AUGGCUGGACAACCUGGGGCCUCUCGAACAAGUCGAGGGGAAACUUCUCUUGAUGCGGCAAUGCGAGCACCUUCUACCACUGCUCCAGAUGUUGUCGUUCUUAGCUUUCUGGACGAGGAUAUAAAAGUAAAGGAAGUGGCAGAUCCCAAAAAGGAUCUUUGGGUAUCUAGUGUCGAUGGUCGCUAUUCAUCACCAAUAAUUCCGAUCCGUGUUGGACCUCAUGCCGAAACGUUCCAUGUUCACCGCGAUAUUCUCACCAAAUCAGAAUACUUCAGAAAAGCUUUGGAUGGAGAAUUCAAAGAGGCCGCAGAACAAGCCAUUGAUUUACCCGAGGAAGAUCCCACUCUGUUCGAGUUUGUCAUUGCCUUCCUCUACGAAUCGAAAUACUGCCCUCUACGUCCUGUCGCAGAAAUCAUUGUCGCCGAUCCCGAAAAGGGCAAAGGAAGAGAACAGAAUGACGAUGGAAAUGCUUCGGGUAGUGACGACGGAACAGAGAGUGGAACCGCAAGCGAUGAGAGUGCCAGAAGUCGGAGGAGACGAGAUACCCGUCGUAGACGUCAAGAACGAGCCUGGGAACAAAGACAACGAAAGGAACCUGGACGUCAUCGACCAGAUUGUAAUUGUACUCAAUGUACUCUAGAAACCUUCGGUCCAACUUGUUGGAAUUGUGGCGUGACGAGAAGGAUGCCUCAACCUAGAAAUCGUUGGGUGAAUGGCAUGCCACCUCCACCUCAACCAAUGGUCAUGGGCCGCAAUGGUUAUCCUCAUCCCCCUGUUCAGAGAGAUCGUAGACGAGGCUCACGAAAUAAUGCCUUGGAGGAACCACCUGUGGAGGAGAGAAUGUCUCAAGAAGACUUGAGAACUUGGUCAAUAGCGUAUUCCAUCAGUGUCGAUGUUUACGUUUGCGCUGAAAGAUAUCUAAUUCAGGACUUCAAAAGUUGUGUAGCGGCAGUCAUCGUCAACAAUUUUGAAGUUGCUGGUUCAGAUGCUGCACUACCAUCGGUCUUGAAUUCAUGCAAAACAUUACAUGAUGGAGUAAGCUCAAUGGAUCCUCUACUCAAGAAAGUCUUUGCUAGAGUUGGCUUCUUGCAAGCUAAACUAUGGAAGAAAUAUCCAGAGGAAACCUCGAAUUUCUUCAUGGACAAUCCGGAGAUAUCGACCCUGAUUCUUAAAGAAAUGGCCGAGAGGAGAGAAGAGGAUGUCAAAGAUGACUUGCCCGCCAUGGAUCGUCCUCCAUUGCCACCCUUACCGAGGGAAGAGAUAAUACAAGGUCCGAGACGUCGAAACUAUGGUCCAAUUCCUCAUUACUGA